UCUCUCUUUCUCGCCUCCUCUGCAAUCCCUCAGCAAUCUAGAAGCUUCACUGUGGAAUCGAGAAGCUUCCAUGAGGUUAUGAUGACGAUGGUGUUUCAUCCAUGACGAAUAUGAUGAACAGGAAUUGCAGAGGAAGCUGCAAAUUUGAUGUGCUUUGGAGGGCACUACUGUCAUAUUUGUAUUCAAUGCAUGCAAAAUUUGGAUCGAAGUGUGAAGCGCAGAGACUGAUUUUGAAUCGAAUGUUGUUUAUGAAAAGACAGAAAUGCCCAUCAUGAAGGAAGUGAAGUGAGAAAUGGCAGCUUUCAUCUAUUUGGAAUGUGCUUUGUUUUGAUGAAAAAUGGCAACAGAUGUGACUUGUCCACCACCCACCAAGGCCACAUCAAAUGGGGUUUUCCAGGGGGAUAAUCCCGUUCAUUUUGCCCUCCCUCUAGCUAUUGUGCAGAUAUGCCUUGUAGUUGUGGUUACGCGCUGUCUUGCUUUUCUUAUGAAGCCACUGCGACAACCUCGUGUGAUAGCAGAGAUUGUUGGAGGAAUAUUACUUGGUCCAUCAGCUCUGGGUCGCAACAAACACUAUCUGCAUUCCAUUUUUCCACCAAAAAGCCUCACAGUGUUGGAUACUCUGGCAAACCUUGGUCUUCUCUUCUUUCUAUUCAUUGUAGGCUUGGAGUUAGAUCUCAAGUCCCUCCAUCGCGCUGGAAAGAAAGCUCUUAGCAUCGCUGUUGCAGGAAUCAGCCUUCCUUUUGCUUUAGGAGUUGGUACAUCUUUUGUCCUCAGAGCAACCAUUUCCAAGGGUGUAGAUGCAGGUCCAUUUCUUGUAUUCAUGGGGGUGGCCCUCUCUAUCACUGCCUUCCCUGUUUUGGCCCGUAUCCUUGCAGAGCUCAAGCUUUUAACCACUGAUGUUGGUCAAAUGGCCAUGUCUGCUGCUGCUGUCAAUGAUGUGGCUGCAUGGAUUCUACUUGCUCUUGCCAUUUCUCUCUCUGGCACUGGUCGUUCCCCCAUAAUCUCAUUAUGGGUGUUCUUGUGUGGAUUUGGUUUUGUCCUGUGCUGUUCACUCAUUGCCCCACGAAUCUUCAGAUGGAUGGCUCAGCGUUGCCCUGAGGGUGAGCCAGUGGACGAGAUGUAUAUAUGUGCUACUUUAGCUGCUGUUUUGGCAGCUGGGUUUGUUACUGAUGCCAUUGGGAUUCAUGCUCUUUUUGGUGCUUUUGUGAUGGGAAUUCUUGUGCCCAAAGAAGGUCCUUUUGCAAGUGCUCUUGUGGAAAAAGUUGAGGACCUUGUUUCUGGCCUCCUCCUUCCGUUGUACUUUGUCUCAAGCGGAUUGAAGACUGAUGUGUCCACCAUUAGGGGGCUUCAAUCAUGGAGUCUCCUUGUUUUGGUCAUAUUUACAGCCUGUUUGGGGAAGAUUGUAGGCACCAUUGCUGUCUCCCUCUGUUGCAGAAUGCCUGUUCGGGAGGCUCUUGCUCUGGGGUUCCUAAUGAACAGCAAGGGCUUGGUGGAGCUCAUUGUACUCAACAUUGGCAAAGAGAGAAAGGUAUUGAAUGAUCAAACAUUUGCAAUCAUGGUUCUGAUGGCUCUCUUCACAACCUUUAUCACAACACCUCUAGUUAUAGCAGUAUACAAGCCAGCUAAAAGGCCAAGUAAAGCAGAUUACAAGCACAGGACAGUUGAUAGAAAGAACCCCAAUGGUGAACUUCGAAUCUUGGUCUGUUUCCAAAGUACAAACAACAUUCCUACAAUGAUCAAUCUCAUUGAGGCUUCACGCGGGACGGGGAAGAGGGAAGGACUUUGUGUCUAUGCAAUGCACCUCAUGGAGCUCUCAGAGAGGUCAUCUGUAAUAUCGAUGGUUCACAAGGCAAGAAAGAAUGGGCUACCAUUUUGGAACAAGGGACUGCCCUCAGGUUCCAACCAAGUAAUUGUAGCGUUUGAGGCUUUCGGGCAGCUCAGCAGUGUGUCUAUCAGACCAAUGAUAGCAAUUUCAGCCAUGUCCAACAUCCACGAGGACAUCUGCACAAGUGCUGAAAGGAAAAGGGUAGCAAUCAUCAUCCUCCCAUUCCAUAAGCACCAGAGACUUGAUGGAACAUUGGAGACCACCAGAAGUGAAUUCAGCUUGGUCAACAGAAAGGUCCUCGAGCAUGCUCCAUGCUCUGUUGGGAUCCUAGUUGACCGCGGCCUCGGUGGUACCGCCCAAGUAUCUGCAAGCAACGUCUCCUCCAUAAUCACAGUCCCAUUCUUUGGUGGCUGCGACGACCGCGAAGCCCUCUCAUAUGGUGCACGCAUGGCUGAGCAUCCCGGCAUCAGUCUAGUGGCCAUUCGCUUCUUAAUCCACCCAGACGUCCAGGGAGAGGCACCCACCCCUGACUCACACGACAACCGCAACUCCUUAUUAGAUGAAAACUUCUUAGCUGAAUUCAAGCACAAUUCAUCACUCAACAGCGCGGUCAAAUUCGAAGAAAGAGUGGUAAAAAAUGCUGCCGAAGCCAUGGAAAUCAUCCGCGAAUACCACCGCUGCACCAUGUUUGUUGUAGGUCGAAUGCCAGAGGGUCAAGUCGUUGCUGGAUUGAGCCCAAAGACCGAGUUCCCGGAAUUGGGGCCAGUGGGCAGCUUGCUAACUUCUCCUGGUUUUCCCACAGUAGCAUCAGUACUUGUUGUGCAGCAGUAUCAACCCGGGUCAUUUCCAAACUCGGAGAUUUUCUCCGAGGAGUAGUGUUGGCGGUGAUCACGAGAUGAAGUUAUAUCUCCUUUAUUCCAAGGUUUGAUGGCAUGAUUAUAAUGAUUCUACAUUUCUUAUAUUAUUUGUCUAAUUUACGUGGAAAGAUUAAAGGAAUAAUGUAUGCAGAAAAAUGCAAGAUAUCGCAAACAAAGUCCGCAACUCUAAAGAGGUUCUUCGUUCCUCUCUUCCUAAUCAUUAUACCUUUGUGAGGUUUUUCACUCGUAAA